AUGAAUUCCAUCUUCUACCUUCUCGCCCUCGUCGCAUGUGUUGCUAACUUUAUUUUCUGCCAGAAUAUUCAGGAUGCAGCCUCAAAUAUUAUUGGACAAGCAACAAGAGCUGUUGGAGAUGCCGCUGGAGCUGCUGCUGCUGCAAACGUGAGACUCUCCAAUGGUCAUUUUGCUUCGAAUUUUCAUAUUGGCCAUCAUAGUGAUCAUGAUAAUGAAGAUAAUGGACACAUUUAUCAAGGAGGAGUUGCAAACGGUGCUGUUGAAGGGGGAGUUAUAAACGACGGUGUUCUUGAAGGAGGAGUUUUAAAUAAAGGACAUCACGGCACAGAUUACAUUGUUGGAUAA